GCCCAAACACAUGGCGCGCGCAGGCAGCGUACUUCAGCGUAGUUCAUACUUUGUGCUUGCAUGUGGUAUUAUAACGUUUUUUUAUUGUGAUUAUCCGUGUGUAACUCUUCACUACAAAAAGAGUUAAUCACUAACAACUUGCGUUGUUUUUUGUUACAAUAAAAUGCCAGACAUGAAAUACAUAUUGGUUACUGGUGGGGUAAUAAGUGGCGUAGGAAAAGGUGUGAUCGCAAGUUCUUUUGGCACAAUUUUAAAAAGCUGCGGAAUAGAUGUGACUUCAAUAAAAAUUGACCCGUACAUAAAUAUCGACGCUGGAACGUUUUCUCCGUACGAGCAUGGUGAAGUUUACGUACUGGAUGACGGCGGGGAAGUCGACCUUGAUCUUGGCAACUACGAGCGAUUCUUGGACAUCACCCUUCACAGAGACAACAACAUAACCACUGGCAAGAUAUACCAACAGGUUAUUGAACGCGAAAGAAAAGGCGAUUACUUAGGCAAAACUGUUCAGGUAAUUCCACACAUAACAGACGCUAUCCAAGAAUGGGUGCAAAGAGUGGCGGAGAUACCAGUAACCCCGGAGAAAACUCCACCGCGAGUGUGUAUAGUGGAGCUUGGUGGGACUAUUGGUGACAUUGAGAGCAUGUCCUUCGUGGAGGCCUUCAGGCAGUUCCAGUUUCGGGUCAAACGGGAAAACUUCUGUGUUGCUCAUGUCUCCCUGGUACCCAUGCCGAAAGCCACUGGUGAACCAAAGACGAAACCAACACAAUCUUCGGUCAGGGAACUAAGGGGUCUCGGUCUGUCUCCGGACUUAAUUCUUUGCAGAUCAGAGAAACCAAUCGAUCAUACUGUGAAAGAAAAAAUUUCAAGUUUCUGUCAUGUUGGACCAGAGCAGGUGAUAUGCAUUCACGAUCUGAGCUCUGUGUACCACGUCCCUUUACUGAUGGAUUCGCAAGGAGUAGUCCAAUACCUAAACGAGAGACUGCAGUUGAAUAUAUCUGUGCCACGUCCUAGCAAAUUUAUGUGCAAAUGGCGAAAACUAGCGAAACGCGUGGACAAUCUGCGUAAAGAAGUCAACAUCGCUCUCGUCGGGAAGUACACUAAACUCGAAGACAGUUACGCGAGUGUGACUAAGGCGUUACAACACGCCUGCAUUGCAGCUGGGAGCAAACUGAACCUUACAUACAUUGAAGCUGAGAACCUAGAGAAACAAAUGAAAAUCAAUGAUCCGGUAGCAUACCAUAAUGCAUGGCAAAACCUUUGUAAGAGCGACGGUGUGAUAAUCCCUGGGGGCUUCGGCCAUAGAGGCAUGGAAGGCAAGAUCGAAGCGUGCCAAUGGUGCAGGGAAACCCAAAAACCAAUGUUGGGCAUCUGUCUUGGCUUGCAAGCAGCGGUCAUAGAGUUCGCAAGGAAUGUUCUAGGGCUUAAAGGGGCUAAUUCAACAGAGGUUGAUCCUCAGUGCGAAGACAAACUGGUGAUAGACAUGCCUGAACAUCAUCCAGGGAACCUUGGAGGGACGAUGAGACUGGGAAAGAGGAAGACUCUUUUGGAACCAAGCAUAAUUACCCAAUUAUACAAGAAGGACGAGAUAGAAGAGAGGCAUAGACACCGUUACGAAGUGAACCCAGAAUACAUAGAAAGGUUGGAGGCGGCGGGACUGCACUUCGUGGGCAAAGAUGAGAGUGGCAAGCGUAUGGAGGUGGCUGUGAUAGAUUAUCACCCUUAUUACGCCUCGGUACAGUUCCAUCCGGAAUACCUCUCCCGGCCCUUGUCGCCUAGCCCGCCUUUCUUAGGCUUGGUUCUGGCGUCGUUGGGUAAACUGAAAAAUUACUUGUCGAAAGGUUGCAGACUCAGUCCUAGGAACCAAUCCGACGUGAGCUCAGAUGAAGAAGAUUUAUCCGUGUCCUCACUAAGUUUAGCCGAAGAGAAAUCGGUCAUCGAAAAUGGAAAACAUGUGAAUGGAAUCAAGUAAAUAAUUUUAAGUUUCUUACCGUUAGUUUUAAGUAGAUUUUUUUUAUUUAGGUCAUGUCAAUUUGUUUAAGUAAUGUUGUUAUUUAUAGACCGACAAAGAUGUUUUAACUCGUGGCCAGAAUCGGAACUAACUCCGUAAUCUAUGAAAACAUCAUUUUUGACAGCUGUCAUUAAUGGAAAAUCCAACACCAACCAUCUGUCAACGUCAUCCACACGUCAAAACAACCUCGCCGGUCUAUUUAGUCUAAAGCUUUAUAUAAUAGGAAUAAUUAGGGUGUUGAAAUUUCUCAAUUUUUUAUAUUUUCCAUUUCCAUGGCAACUUAGCUCGCUGAAGGGCUCAAAUGACAAGUAAUCAAGGCAAAAAAUUAUAAGCAUACGAUAAGUUGGCAAAACAAUGGGAACAACUCUAAAAUGCGAUUAAUAUCUGAUAGACAGGAAAGUAUAAACUAUAACUUGUGUUAACUGUAGCUAUAACUUGGUAGUAAUAAAAAAAUACUUAAAUAUCUGAACAUUCAAAAGAGACCAUUGAAAGUCCCGUUACCAUUACUGCCAACUUAUAGCAAACGCAUCGAAAGUAGGGCUGCCAACCGUACGAACGGUUGGACUAUCGAGUAUCGUUCAGAAUUUUCUGCUUAGUUAGUUUUAGUUUUACAAACACUUAAAGAGGCUUAUUAUUUUCACCCGAAUUCGAGCUUCCUCUCCUAGAAAUAGUUUUACUACCGACUACUUCUGACGUGACUUAAUGUAGAUUUGCCCCAAAUGGCAUUAACUAGUUCGUCGAACAAAAAUUACCACGAACAAAUUGGAUUGUGGGAAACGGUUUCAUCCCAAAUCAAAAUUUUAAUAAUUAUGAAAAUGAUCUGUCUUUAUGCUCCAGACAUUAUCUACGUGGAUUUAUAUUUUUUUGGCAGCCCUAACUGUAAAUUCACAAUGCAACUUUAUUGUUUACCCAAUAAGGUAACAUUUUGAUCUUUCAAUUAUCAUACACCUAUAUGUAUAGGUAUGAAUUUUAUGAAUUUGAUGUUAUUUAUCUAUGUUAUUGUUGUUUGAUAGAUAUAGCUAAGCUAGGAACAGCAUAAUAUUUUAUCUUGUAACUGACUAACGGUAUUGUUGUCUAACUAGGUUUUCAAAAAAUAGGCCUCGAUUUAGGCAUUUCAUUAGCGAGCCAUGUCGGGAGCCUUUGCCGGCUCUAUAAUAACCCUGACACCAGGGUUAAUGGGGUUGGUUAUCCACCUCACAACCACAACCCACACGAUAGAAGAAGAUGACCCGCCAACUUCGAUCGGUAUAUUGAUUUCCGUGUAAAAAAGGAAACCAGUAAUAAUAAUAUAGAAAUGAAAAGGUUUAGUACGAACCGGUGUGCGUGUACGAAACGAUUGAUGAAUGUGGAGGAAACAAGAGAAGUGUGUCAGGAUCGACGCAAAUUGAAUUUCAUAGUCUCUGCUUACCCCGGUGGAAAAUAGGCGUGAGUUUAUGUAUGAGACUGAUUGUUGAUCAUCUUAGACUGCUCAGAUGAUCAAAAAUCAGUCUCAUUUGACUUUUCGACUUAUCUUCGAAUUUUAUUUAUGAAUUAAUUAAGAAUGAGUGCGACAUUUGACCGCUUUUAUUAACGUCACAGGACAGUAUUUCCACACAAACUGAAAAGAAAACUUUCCUUUUGUCGUUUCAUAAAAAAUAUCUUAUUUGACUAGAUUGUCAAAUGGCAUGAAAGCGUAACAUAAACAGCCUAUAUACGUCUCUACCCUCGAUCAACAGGCGGUAUGGAGGAUGUUCCACCACUCUCCACUGCGUUGAUGGAGGGCGUGGUAGAUUGAAAGCGCGCCCUUUAAAAAUACAUGCGAUACGACUAUUAGCCUGUAAUGAAAUGUCUUACAAUUGGCUACAUAAAAUAUGAAAUAUGUCGGAUAUGGUAGUUUAUCAUUUAACGAUAUUUUGUGCAAUAGUUUUUUUUUAUAAAAUCAUUUUUAAAUAUUUUAUUUUUGCAAAAUAAGAAUACGUUUUUUGUCUGUAUAUUACAAGACCUGAAACACGGGCGGCCAUGUUUGAGCUUCGUGUGACGUCACAUUUCACAACAAAACUAUCUGUCAGGUCAGGUUUCAAGUGAUACUGUUUGACAGUUUUGUAAGUUGAACUGUGACGUCACUGGGCAAAAUGUCAAGUGAUUGAAAAAUAAAUGUGUUUUUUCUAGUAUAUAAAGCUUUACCGAGAAAAUAAAAUAUUUUGAGAGGUAUAAAAUAAGCAAUUGUAUUUUUUUUAAAUACUUAUCCGAAAACUGUAAAGUAGUCAAUUCUGCCGUAGAAAUCACUAAAUAAUCGUAUUAUGAAUUAUACCUGCUGGCAACAUGCCAAUAGCGAUUGCGCCGGUUGUGGCCUUAUUUUUUUCUUGUAUGUUUACGCUAGUUAGACAACAAUCUGUUUUUGAUGAUUUCUAUCAUUUGACUCAAGUAAAUAUUGUAAGAUUUUCAUGUUUACAUUUAUAAAAGAUACAUUUUCUCUCGUAUAGGUCACAGACAAGGGACCUUAGCCAAGUUAUAAACGAUUACAAAAAACGUCAGUGCCAGUGAUAAAAAUGUAUGGGAUUGACAUAUCAGCUUAUGUCAAUCCCAUACAUACAUUUUUACAACUCAUAAUCAAUCAUUUAUUUGCAAGAACUCAAAGUUAAAUAUCUUGGAUAAGG